UUGUCUAACAUGAACGUAUCAAAUUAAUGUGAGUAUAAACCCUGUAAAUUCAUGGAAUUUAUCACCAACUGAUCACUCUGCUGUGUGAACUGGGAUACAGAAGAGUGAUUGGUCGUGUUAGUUCAUGAAAAUAUCAGGUAAAGCUACUGUUAAGCAUAAAAUUUCUCCAGAAUUGUCAUUAAUUUUGUUCAACAAGGUGUACUUGACAAGUAAUUUGAAAAACUACUGCUGAUAUGUUGUAAAUUCCUAUUCAGGACUCUCCAACCUCCCACCAAGCUCACAGAGCCUACAACUUCUUGAUGGAGAUGUUACGAACCCAUCCACCCCAGCCCGAUGAGGAGGCGAUAAGAGCCACAUACCUGCAGGCCCUCCACCCUGGCAGGGACAGGGAAUAUGCCCUGGGUCAGCAGAGACACUUCCUUAACUCUGUCAUCAGUCGUCUUGUGUGCAGCCCUGAUGAUAACAUGGAAAACACUUCCAAUGACGAGCAGCUGUGGCAAAACUCUAGCCUGCUGUUACAAUAUAUCGUGGCUGUGCUGGAGUCAGACAUGGCCAAUUUAUGCAGCAGUAAAGCCCAGAGCCAUCCUACCUUGAGGGACAUAAAGAGCAGUAUAGUGGGGAGUAUAUUCUGGCCUGGGCCUCAGCAGGUCUCUAUACACAAACACUGUAAGGAGAUACUUGACUUUCUCACUGCCAGCCUGGACCUCUGGAAGACAGACAAUAACCAGAUGGUUGUGUCAAAAAUGUUGCUGAACAUUGUGUCCCUAUUGGGCAGCUGUCUGAGGAUUGCUGACCAAACUGAAAGGCUGCCCACAAAGAUCCUGAAGGGUGAGAGAGUCUCUUACCUUGUCUACGAGUUAGCCAGGAUAUUGAGUGACCUGCCAGAGAAUGUGUUACAGUUUGUGCUAACUGUCCUCAGCCCGGCGUGGUUGGGACUAGGGAUUUGCCACCUCUUAACAGAUGCUAUGGAUGACUCUCUAAUCCUAGGGCACCUUUUGACCGAGCACGGAGAGAUUACCCUCUCAAAUAUCGUCUCUCGUGACCUGUUCUUACUACCCACUCUGGUGGGGAAGGACUCCCCAACUAAGGUCGUGAACUGUGCCAUGAAGGAAGACCAUACUUUGAGUGUUCGUAGAAUCAGUGGAAGUGUUGUCAAACUGCCCAACAUUUCAAACAACAAGUCAAUCCCUGAUUCUAGAACCUCCUCCAAAAUGCCUGGUACCAUGAAGCGAGCUGUGUCCAAAUUGAACCGGAGGAAUGCCAAAGGUGAAACCCCUCUACAUACAGCCUGUGCGAGGAACAAUGUAGUUAGAGUGCGAGAACUUCUCUCUGCCUCAGGUAUAGAAGUAAAUGCUCGCGACAACUUUGGCUGGGCCCCUCUACACGAGGCCACAUGUAAGGGUCACGUGGACUGUGUCCUGGAGCUCCUCAAGUACAAGCCUGCCCUCACCAUCUCCAGCUACUUCAGCAAGAUCUCAGGUGCUAGUGGAGAGAAAGUGGACUUGUUGGCAGCAAACAUUGAGGGAGUGACCGCUCUUCACGAAGCUGUUAUCUACAACAGACUGGAUGUGGCCCACACUCUGAUGCAGUAUGGAGGUCAGAGACUGCUGGAGGCCAAAACAAUUUCUGGGGACACGCCCCUGUCUUUGUGUCAAUCUGAAGAGAUGAGAGCUGUUCUGACUGUGGGCAGAUUGGAGGUGUUUGGGUCGCCGUGGAAACUGCGACGCGCAAGUCAGAACCUGUCACAGUGUUUCCAAGACUCCCAGAACAGUUUCAUAUUUUCUCAGGAGUGUUUUAGCACUCCGAGAUCGGAGGUUCCCACCCCUGAGAUGUACACAGCUGUCCUGGGGGAACAUCCGUCCAGGUUACAUGUGUCUCGUGAGGACUGUCUCCGAUACAUCUGUAUUGUGCAGAAUAAGCUACGCCUGUACAUCACCUGUAACAGGUUGACAGAGGCUGCUCUGCAUGGCUCACUUAGCAAGGAGAACAUUAGGGGAGAUCUAAAGGUGUUCCUGGGAUAUGAUACCCCAAAGAAGCCCCUGAAGCCGGUGUCUGUGUCAGCAAGUUCCAUUGAGUACAGUGUUAAAAAAUCAGAAAGUUUUCUGGCUGAGAAGGGCUUGAAGGAGGCUCUAUCUCAGCUUGAAGAAGACGUGAAUGUGUACAUGAAUUUGAGACUGUAUCUAGAACGAUUUAGAUUGCACAUCAAACACAUUUGUGCAGAGAAGGACUACAGAGAGAUGAAACCGCAACUUGGAGCUUGGAUAUGCCUGUGUCUGUUUUAGGACAGUUUGUUUCUGCAGUUUCUUAAAACUGUCUGGAUCUGGCUGUGUCUGUUAGCUAAAAUAGCUAGGUAAAAAUCUCUAUUGGAUGAGCAAGAUGCUGUUCAUGAUUUGUUUGAAAUAAACAGUUAUCCUGAAGCCAUGUGUGCCAACUUGUUUGUAUUGAAGGUCACCUUGAGAAGGUCAUCCAUGCAGAAGUUUUUUUUUUUCUUCUGGAUUUGUUAUUUGUGAUGAGCUUGUUAAUGAUAAAGCUUUUUAUUUUUAAUGGUUUGAAACUUGUGAAGUUAGUCAAACUGAUCGCAGUUCUGAUGAAGUGCUGUAGAAACUUUCCACAUGUCAUGCCAGUGUUUGAAGGAGAAAAUGGCUGUGUUAUUCACAGAUUCUUGAAGUUGUUCAGGGAAAAUGUAUACAUGGCAAAAAUAAUCUUUUAAGUUGAUAAUGGAGCUGUUGAUGAAGUUAUUUGUGUCGAAAAUGACUUCUGAUGAAUUUAUUGGUGUGGACACGAUUCCCGAUGAAAUUACUAGUGUGGAAAUUUCCUAAUUGUCCUGAGCGUUCUAAGUCAUAAGUUCAUGAAAGGCUUGUUCAUGAUGAAAGUUGUUUUUUAGUGAUGAAAUUAAGGAAUCUGUAGAGAAAAAUAUGAUCAUGUUUAAUAUUGAGACUUGAAACAAAUGUAUGAUUGACAGAGAUUUACAUACAGCUAUACCCUCAGUGGUGAUGAUCAUGAAGGUAUUCCUCAUUUGUUUUUGUACCAGUACUUGUGAAGAUAUAAUAUUUGUUGAAGAGUUAAUCAUACAGCAGUUAUUUGCGAUGUACACUUACUGUGAUGAUAGGAGCGAGUGAGUGUUUGGGGUUUAACGUCAUUGUGAUGAUAGGAAGAGUUUCAGCUGUUCUGGUGCUAGUGGUAUAUACACUUUGUAUGAGUGUUCAGGUUUAGGCUUAUUUAAGUGUAGGAUAGGUGUGAAUGCAGGUGCUUUAAAUGACCAGGUUGCCGUAGAAAUUUCAGCAUUACAAGAAAAGCAGGGCAAUUAUUUAUUCAUGU